CGCAAAUUUAAAAUUGAACAACACAAUUUUAGCGAGACCAUGAUCUAAGUCAAAGCUGUGGAAAAAUGGAGAAUGAUAUUCAUAGAGUACGCAGCGUUUGUCCCGAUGUUGCAGAAGAAGACAUCUGUAAAGAUCUCGAGUUGACUCAAAACGUUGAGGAAACAAUCAAUAGGAUCUUUGAUGGAACUAUACUUCAAGCAGUGGAUGAACCUGACUCCCCAAUACAUAUUUUCUCCAGUCCUAAGGCUGAGAGUGACAAUAUCAGUUCAACUGAUGAAAACAGUGACAUGGACCUCCCAUCUGCAAAUCAUAUUUUUGGAUAUAGCAGUAAAUUAGCUCAUGGAGAUGGAACAAAGAAUAAAGUACAUGUAGUAGCAAAAUCAGGUGAUAUCAAUACUGAACAACAUGGAGUAAAAAAAAUUACAUUUAAAUCAAGGAUAAAUAAUGCAGAUAAAAAACUAAUUCAAAAGGUUGAUAUGAUAUCUGAUGAUUCUGAUGAUGGAUGUAAAAUUGAAUCAAAGGACAAAAGUUCAGAUAAAUCUUCAACAAAUCCUGAAUUCAGUGAGAGUGACAGUGACAUAGAACUGGAACAAAUGCCAUUAUCUUUUAAAUUGAAAAGCAAAAUGGGUGUUUGGGGGGAUAAAGAUGGAACUAGAAUUGAAAAAGGAAGCACAAGCAGCACAUUGCUUGAUCGUAGAACUGGAGAACCAAUAGAAGAAUCAGAUUACCACAGUAUUCCCAAGAAAAAGUCAAGAACAAUAUGCAGUACAAGUAAAUCAAGGUAUAGCCCAAAAAGUGACCUUGAUUCACAAGGGACCUCAGCCUCCUCCUCAAGUACUCUAGCAGUUUCUAGCGAUGUAGAUAGCCAAAAGAGAAAUGGUAAUAAAAAGAAGAGAUCACCAGAAGAGAUUGCCGAUCAAAAUAGGAUAAAGGAAUUCAAGAAGCUAGAAAAACAGAAGCAAAAAGACGCAUUGAAACUUCAAAAACAGAAAGACAAGGAAACCCGGGUCAAAGAGAGACUUGAGAAGAAACUCAGCAAGGACAAGGAUAGUGCCCAAAGAAGGUGUCUUCAAGAGGCAAGGAAGAAUGCAAAACCAGGAGAAUGCCUGAAGUUCAUGAGUGUUGUAUUUGACUCUAAGAUCCUUGAGAGCCCUGGUGGAGCUGCAGCGCUAGGUGCCCUUCAAGGCAAUGAUGUGAACUAUCUCAUUGAAUCUCAACCAAUUCCAAACUCCAUCACUUGGGUUAGGAAAACCUAUCAUUAUGACCAACAGAAGAUGACUACUAUUUCUAGGGAGAAUGUAGAAGACCAGGUAUUGAUAUACAUACCAUUAGCAGCAUUCAUAGACAUGGUUAAUGCAUACUCUAAGACAAGCCAAGGAAUAUAUACAACCCAUCAGAUCAGUUUGAACAAUUUAGCACAAAAAGCUACCUCAGGUUUUCCUGGAAAAACAGUGACAUUCUACACACAGGGCCUUGAAAAAUAUUUCAAAGGCCAGAAAACGGUUCAGCAAAGGAAUUAUAGAGGGGCUGUACUUGGCAAAGAUGGAAUAUCACGAAAUUCCAAAGCUUCAAUGGGCAUUGAUGUGUCUGUCUCCAGAGUAAACGUUGAAGAGGCAUUGAUUGAUCUUCACUUGCAAUGUAAUAUAAAUGUGAGAAUUGUUGAAACAAAUGAUGAUGCUGCCAAACUAAUAAUGUCAUUCACAAAGUCUGUUGCUGAGACACCAUACAAGAGGGACAGACUAAAUACUGCUUUUACCUUCAAUGUUGAAGCAGGCUCAGGCAGUGUUAAAAUAAGCACAGUUGUGCCAAACCCAAACGUUACCCAGGCAUGGAGGAAACAGAUGCAGCAGUUCAAAAAUGUCAGUGCACAAAUCGCUGAUGCUAUUGUGGCUGCCUACCCAAGUCCACAAUCUCUUAUUCAGGCUUAUAGGAGAUGUUCUCUUGAUAGGGAAAAGGAACGAUUAUUAGAGAAUAUUGCUGUUAGGAGGGGUGCUGGUGUUUUAGAAUCCUCUAGACGAAUAGGAAAAGAGCUUUCCCGUCGAGUGUAUCAACUAUUCACAUCAAAUGAUCCUGAUUUCCUCUUAAAAUAAGAUAUCAUGGACAUACAAAUUAUAUAACCAUUAACAAAUGGAAAUAAAUCGCUUCAACAAAUUGAAGUGUACAGAAUAACAGUGUUACAUAUGGUUAAUAAAUAUUGAGAACAAAAAUCUUCAGAUUGUUAGUUAUUUAGUUAAGGCAAAAGGUGGCUCCAUGCUAUAGCUGGAAAAGGAGUAGUGAUUUGAUGAGUGUUCUGCUUUAGAGCAUUUUAAUGAUUUCACACUUCAUGUAAGUGACCUUUCAUUUUUAAUUCUUAGAAUUUAGUAU